AUGUCUAGAAAGUUGAAAAGAACUCAUUUGUUUUCUAAGGACGUCAGUUCUUUAUUAUAUGCUUAUGGUGAUGUUGCAUCGCCUUUACCUCAAACAGUUACUUGUUUAGAUGAGGUUAUAUCUUCAUAUCUGGUAGAUAUCUGUCAUAAGGCUUAUAAGGUGUCUAAAUAUUCUAAUAGAUCCAAGGUUAAAUUAGAGGAUUUCAAAUUUGUGCUGAAAAAUGAUCCUAUAAAGUUAGGUAGAGCUGAUGAACUGAUUGCAACUAAUAAACUGAUUACAGAAGCCAAGAAACAAUUCAAUGAAACUGACACUAGUGUUUCAAAGACUUUUAAGGAUGAAGCUACCAGCAAGUCUACUUCUAAUCCUGCUGAUAAUGUCAAUGACGAUGUUCAUGGGAACACCAAUAUUGAAUUGGCUGAUGCUAGUGCUACUGCCGAACAUAAAGAUGAAGAGGAUGAAGAUGAGGUAAUUGAAGAAAGUGACGAGGAGCAUGAUGAAGAAGAGGUUGAUGAAGAUGGUGAUGAAGAUGAUACAAAUGUGGAUAAUGACGAACAAACCUCGAAAACAUGA